AUUCAUUAUUUUUCCAGUAUUGACAACCUGUUCAGGUGUCGACAUCUUAGAAGGAUUUCUAUUGAGGAUAUUUGUCUCCAUCUGCAGUCAUACACGCUUUAUUGGUAAGUGUUUGGUUCUAUUUUAUGUUUUUACGGGUUCGAUCACGGAUUGAUGUUAGUUAGAGAACCAUUUUACGUAUUAUCUGAUGGAAGCUAGACUUUUGAAGAUGUUAUCCUUUUACUCUCAUUAGACUUGUAGGCACUUCUAUCUAAGCUUGUUUCUCGUUUUCAUAAUUUAAUAUUUAGUAAUUAUAACAGUAUGUAAGAGUAUAUAUGCAUAGGUAAAUAUAUAUCCAAAUUAUGGUCACUUUAUUUUCAAAAUACUAAUUCAUACAUCAAAGGUAGCAGCUCUUACAACAGUACCAUCCACUUGUGCAAAUGAAAGGAAAUUAGCACAUGUUUGGCAACAAUAUAUUUCUAAUCGUACUUGAGUGCACUCUUGAGUGAGUGGCUAAUGUUUCCACUUAACUAGCUAGAGGAUUUGACAUGUAAUCAGGUGUUGGCCUUCUCAAGGUGUAUUUCAGUUGGUGAUAGUUUAUUGUGGUGGAGCCUAACGAUUAUCCUUUAUGUUAAGCUGUGACACUAGUCGUUCCGUCAUUUAGAUCUAAUGUUAUGAAUUCAUCUUAUUGUUUGCUAAAAAUCACCGUGUAAUGCAUCUAAGUGAUACAGAAAAAUAGGAGUCAUCUGUUCCUUGUAAGCUCCUGGAAUUCAAGGUGGACUGGUCUUAUUCCCUGUGGUUCCAAUUUCUUUCCUUAUACUAGCAUAUGAUAUUUUAAGUACGUUUUGAACUUUGUACUAUUUAGUUAAUUAACAAUUCAAUUACUCGAGCAGAUUUUUCAUGUUCCGAGAACCGUAGUUACUUUGUGAGGGCUAAUAAUAGUUUAUUAUUACUCAGAAUGAUGCAAGUAGACUAGGAUAUCAUAAUAUUUUCAUGUGUUCUCAUUUAUCAACAAAAAAUAAAUUUAAUGUUGUAUGCAGACUGGAUUACUAACUGUAUUUCGCCUUCUUAAUUUUAGCAUUCAAAUGGUUCCUCAUCCAGUUCUUUCUUCACCCGGUCAAAUGUUUUGUCCAUCUAAUGAUAUUUCCAUGACAAAUUAUGAAAACAGUGUCUCGCUCCAGUCAGUUUUGUUAAACGCCCUGGCAUUGGCAGACCGUCGACACCACCAUCAGAAUCAUCUCAGUCGUGAACAAGUACCAAUUACUUUGAACAGCUUUCUUGGUCAACAGCAAAAUCAUUUGGUCGAAGCACAGCCACAACAACAAUUUUAUCCGAAUUCUGAUAACCUCCAGUUACAAAAAAUGACAGAAUUAUCUUUCUUGGAAAAUCUCAUCAGUGAUCGUGAUUCGAAGAACAAUCACCCUUUAAUGAAUUUUAUAUCUGCAGUUGCAACUAAUAAUACCACCUGUGCCAAUCCAUCAGAGAACUCAAAUACUUUGUCAUUUCCAAAUUUUGCAUUGACUGCAUCCUUGACCAAAGCUAUCAGUACUAGUUCAGGUACAUUAGGCUCACAAGUACUACCGAUAUGUGCUCCUCUAUUGCAGUUGGCUAUACGUCAAGCUAUUAAUGAAUGCUUUCCAAAUUUUCCAAAUUUACAUAUCAAAGGUACACUGAACAUAUCAGUAAACAAUGAUCAAAAUCGGAAUGAUACUAAUCUAUCCAAUACUCCUAACAAUCAACCAGUCAGUAGUACAACAACUCUGUACUUCAAUGAAGAUUAUGGUUCACCUAUGAAGUCAUUGAAAUCAAACUUUGAUGAUUCAUGCAUUAAACAAGAAGUCAAUGGUAAUGAUAGUAACGAUCGUUCUAGCGAUGAUGUAUUAUACAGAGAUGGUGCACAUUUCCAUUCACGUCGUAAACCAUUGCAUCCUAGCAAGUGUUUUUAUCCAUCAGACUUUGUCUUCAAUACUAGCCGUGAUAAUGUUCCAAGUGAACAGUGUGAAAAUGGUUUGAAUUUACUACACAUCAAUAAUUUCACAAGUCCAUUAUUGUCAACCUCGAGUCCAACUAGUCCGUCAUCUGACUCUGGUGUAUUAGACUUGUCUCGCAGUGGUUCAUUGGCUGGAUCAGCACCGAUCACUCCAUUAAAAGAUUUCAAUAUUAAUGGAAAUAACAAUAAUGGUAGUAACAAUAAUGAAUUGCAAUACAAUCGUGAACAAGACAUAUUAGAAUCUUAUCAAAAACAGCUAGCUGCAUUUAGUCAAAUACAAGCUGUAUGGAAGAUGUCUACAGGUUAUAACAAUGGUGAGGCAUUUAGCGAUACUUUCCUGAAAUUCGCUUCCAAUGAUACCAACAGCAUUAAUAGUAGUAAUAAUGAUGGUUAUAAUACUUUACAACAACCUCAUUCUGAACCAAAUACACCAAGUAAAGGGGGGCGCCGUGUACGGUCACUGAUUGGUCCAAGUGGUCGGCUGACAAAUGUACGGCGUACCAGCUCAAAUCGUCGUUUUCCAUGUAACCAAUGUAAAGAAGAAUUCCCAUCAUUGCAUACAUUGGAACAGCACACUUUAGGUCAGCAUGGUACCUACAGAUGUCAUAUUUGUAGAGCACAAUUUACUCAACGUUCUAAUUUACAACGUCAUGCGCUGAAACAUGUCGGUUUUAAACCAUUUGAAUGUCGUGUAUGUUCUAAAGCCUAUUAUCGUAAAGAUCAUUUAAUGCGACAUAUGGAAAUGGGACAUCCGGGGUAUACUCCACGAGAUAAUAUUACUGUGCAUCUAACAUCAUCGGAAAGUCUUGAUUUUUUGAAUCGAUCAACAACUAGUGGACCUGAAACUCAUUCAAUUGUUGACUCAACUCAAUCCUUAGAAAAUAAUCAUGAAAGCGUAGAAGAAGAUGAAAUCGGUCAACAUUCUACGUCUUCUAUGAAUCAUUUCAAUCCUGCAGACACUGAGUUUUCCACACUACAAGAAAAAACAAUUGCCUCAAUACCAGAGGAGAUAUCAAUGAUAUCCGAGUCUAACGAAACAUUUCAAUGAUAUGAAAAUGAAUUGCUUUUUUAUCUUAUAUAUUUUCAACAGAAAUUAUUUUCCACUAAAACAUAUAUGAACACUUAAAUGUCAGGGCCAGCAAUUCCACACCAACAUUCCGGUGAGCUCAUUUAUUCCCUGUCUUUGUAAAUACCUCCAUCCGUACUUCUUACUUUUUUUAACCAUUUUUGCUAUGUGACACUUUUAUAUGGAAAAAAUUCACUUUUUGUUUUCGUUUUUCAUUUUUUUUAUUCAUUACAAUAUACUGUAGGGCGAUAUUCAUUAUUUUAAAAAAACACUUUCACAAAGUAAUUUUGUUAAUUUGUAAUUUUUUCUAUACAUUGGCGAAAAUAUCAACACCAUGACAUUGAAAUAUAUUUCUGUAAAUUUUUUAUGUACAAUGACACGCCAUAUUUAAAAAAAUUAUUUGAUAAGAAAGAAAAACGACCCUGACAAAAUAAAACUCCUCAUUAUCACU